GGCGGAAGCUUUCCAGUAUGGCGGCCGAGGCAGAUGGGAUGCUCAAACGGGUGCUGGUGCCGCUUCUUUUACCUGAGAAAUGCUACGACCAAAUUUUUGUCCAGUGGGACUUGCUUCACGUCCCCUGCCUCAAGAUUCUCCUCAGCAAAGUCCUGGGGCUGGGCGUUGUGGCUGGGUCACUUCUGGUAAAACUGCCUCAGGUGUUUAAAAUCCUGGGAGCCAAGAGCGCAGAAGGGUUGAGUCUCCAGUCAGUAAUGCUGGAGCUAGUGGCAUUGACUGGGACCAUGGUCUACAGCAUCACCAACAACUUCCCCUUCAGCUCUUGGGGUGAAGCCCUGUUCCUGAUGCUCCAGACCAUCACCAUCUGCUUCCUGAUCCUGCAUUACAGAGGACAGACUGUGAAAGGUGUUGCUUUCCUGGCCUGCUACGCCCUGGUGCUGCUGGUGCUGCUUUCACCACUGACACCCCUAGCUGUAGUCACCCUACUGCAAGCCUCCAACGUGCCUGCUGUGGUGAUGGGAAAGCUGCUCCAGGCAGCCACCAACUACCACAACGGGCACACAGGCCAGCUCUCAGCUGUCACAGUCUUUCUGCUCUUUGGGGGCUCCCUGGCCCGAAUCUUCACCUCCAUUCAGGAAACGGGAGACCCCCUCAUGGCUGGAACCUUUGUGGUCUCUACCCUCUUCAACGGCCUCAUCGCUGCCCAGCUCCUCUAUUACUGGAAUGCAAAGGCUCCCCACAAGAAGAAAAAGGAGUAGGGCUGAGCUGGCUACCAGAGUCCAUUCCCUCUUUCUAUUCAUCCACCCAACCUCAGGGUCCUUCCCAUCUGAACCAGUGUGCUGGCGUGACUUUAAUCAUUCCCCAUUCUUCUGCCAAUUAUAACUUCUUGGACCAGGGUUUGU